AUGGGAACCGCUGGAGACCUUCUAGAUCUGGUUCGGCUGUACUGGCCACUUUUGCUGGGCAACGCAUUGGAGUGGUACGAGUUUGCCGUGUAUGGCUACAUGGAGAGUUAUAUGGAACAGAACUUCUUCGAAGGAUCAGCUAUUGCUACCUGGGCCGGCUUCACCGCCACAUUUCUGGCACGUCCUGUAGGUGGGCUGUUCUUGGGGACGAUUGGAGAUUUGUUCGGGCGGAGAAUCGCCGUCAUCAUGUCAGUUAUUGGCAUGCUCAUUGGAACAGCUGGACAGGGCCUGCUUCCAUGCCCACGCAAUCAUCGAGACAGUCCUUGGGUAUCGAUGGCAGGUGUUGUAGCUUUGUUUUGUCUCAGGCUGCUUCAAGGCCUUUGCACCGGUGGCGAAAUCAGCUCAGUUUCGACUUAUCUUGUCGAAGUUGGUUCCCACCGCUCAUUGGGCCGGUGCACAGGCUUGCUGUCUGUGACCGUAAACCUGGGCUUCAUGCUUGCCAGGGUUGUUAUCUGGACACUUCAGAGCCAUUUGGGUGACAGUGCCAUGCUCCAAUGGGGCUGGCGAGUGCCUUUUUUGCUGGCUUUGCUGCCAGGUUCUGUUGCUGUUGCCGGGCGGAUUUGUUUGCGAGAGUCUGGUGAAUUCGUUCGCGAGCACAAGGAGGCUGACAGCGACGAGGACGGCAUUCCUGGACAUUCCCCUUGGCAACACAUGCAGCUUGCGCUGCAAUCACAUUUUCCAGCUAUUUUGGUCGGCAUUUUCGGAGUUUGCAACAUUGCAGUCUUGCAGUACGGUGGUUUGAUCUGGACGAAUUCGUUCUUGAAAAAACAUGGGGCACCGACCAAUACAGUCAUGACUGCCGGUGUUUGUUCUAGAUUGAUACAGAUGAGCCUUGCGAUUCUUGUUGGCUGGCUUGCCGAUGUCCAUGGUCUGGGACUGGUGACUCUGGCAGGUGCUUGGACUCUCAUGUCAGCUGGCCUUCCCAUGUUCGUCGCGUUAGAGUCUGACCCUGCCAACCCGGUAAAUGUUUGCAUCACCUACGGCAUCAUGUACGCGUUGAUGGCUUCGUUGUGUGGCAGCGUCGUCUUCAUGUACGUUGCAGAGCUGUUUCCCACUUCGGUACGGAAUCUGGGUGUGGGCAUCAGCUUUAAUGUUGGCUUCUGCUUCUUCGGAGGCUUCGCUCCAGUACUUGCUGAGGCAUCUUUAGACUGGACUCCGCAUGGGCCUGGCUUGCUCUUGUCUGCUGCAGGUGCUGUGACAUUUCUGACUGUGCUGGCCAGUGUGAAGUUACAAGAGGCAGGCAAAGUGCAGCUGGCACAUGUCAGACCUGUGCCGUACCUGGGAACCUGGGCCCAUGGUUCUCAAAAUUUGGAGGAGAGUUUGGAGUCCUUGACGGGCGCUCAUGCCCGAAUGGUCGUAACGUAUCUUUGCCAGUCCGGAGCGGUCUGCGACAGAACGACUCCGGGUGGAGCCACGCCUCUCUACGUGUCAUGUUACAACGGUCAUCUUCCAAUCGCACAGUACCUUUGCUCGCAGCGAUCGGAUGUGUGCAAAAGGACGCCCACCGGUGCGACCUUGCUGCAUGCAGCAGCUCAAGAGGGGCAGCUCGAGGCCGGAGCCGGCCCGGGACGUCGUGCCUUGCCUUUGCGACACCUGCUGCCUGCUCUGCACACCUUCCUGUGCCUGUGGGUGCGUGUGUGUCUCUGUGUGUGCGCGGCUCACCGGGGCUUUUGA